ACAUUUGGGUUCUUUCGUCUUUUCUGUCCCGCCAUGGAGAGGUUUCUGGUUUUUGGUCUUCUUCUCGCCACUGCUUUUGGCCAUGAAGCCUUUGUUGGGGAUCAGGUUCUCCGCAUCAUGGCCAGGAAUGAAGAGCAACUGGUCUUGCUAAAUGAACUGGGGGAACUGGAAGACUUGCAGAUUGAUUUCUGGAGAGGUCCAUCGAAGCCCGGCCUUGCCGUGGAUAUGAGGGUCCCUUUCCGGAGCGUCCAAGCGGUCAAGGUCUUCUUGGAGUCCAAUGGCAUUCCCUAUUCCGUCAUGAUCCAAGAUCUACAGGAUCUGCUGGACGAGGAAAAGGAGACCAUGUUGCUUUCCAAGAAGUCUGAAAGAAGCACGGGGACGUUCAGUUUCUCCUCCUAUCACACCAUAGAGGAGAUCUACAGCUGGAUGGAUGAUUUUGUGGCUGAAAAUGCAAAUCUGGUCAGCAAAAUCCAGAUCGGACGGAGCUACGAAGGGCGGCCCAUCUUUGUCCUGAAGUUCAGCACCGGAGGGGAGAACCGUCCCGCCAUUUGGAUCGACACCGGCAUUCAUUCUCGGGAAUGGAUCACCCAAGCCACGGGCCUCUGGACCGCCAACAAGAUCGUCGAAUCCUUUGGCAAAGACCGCUCCCUGACGGCCGUGCUCAACUCGAUGGACAUCUUGCUGGAGAUUGUCACCAACCCCGAUGGGUUUGCUUACACGCACACCAAUAACCGCAUGUGGCGCAAGACGAGGUCCAUCAACGCCGGAUCUUCCUGCGUCGGAACGGAUCCCAACCGCAACUGGGAUGCCGGUUUCGGAGGCCCCGGAUCAAGCAGCAACCCCUGCUCCGAAACCUACCAUGGGGCCUUCCCCCAUUCGGAAAGCGAAGUGAAAUCCGUCGUGGACUUCAUCCUCAGCCACGGGAACGUGAAAUCCGUCAUCUCCAUCCACAGCUAUUCCCAGAUGCUGAUGUUUCCCUACGGCUAUAAGACGGAGCCUGCCGCUGACCACGAGGAACUGGAUAACCUUGCCAGAGAAGCCGUCACAGCCUUAGAGGAAGUAUAUGGCACGAAAUACACGUUCGGAAGUACAAUUGACACCAUCUACCAAGCCGACGGGACGACUAUCGACUGGAGCUACGACAACGGGGUCAAAUAUUCCUACACUUUUGAGCUCCGAGACACAGGGCGGUACGGCUUCGUUUUGCCCGCGGAUCAGAUCGUUCCAACCGCAGAAGAAACCUGGGUAGCGCUCAAGAAGAUCCUGGAACAUGUCCAUAGCCACCCGUAUUAAACACAUAUGAGAGCAGGGCCUGGCAAAGGGUGGCCCCGAGGCAUAAAAUCCCCAUUCAUUUCUAACAGCUCCUCCCACACUCACCUUAUCAGCCAAUCACCAUCAAUAUGCAAAUUCACUCAAUAUUCCACGUCCUUUCAUUCAACAUCUUCAUGCAUUUUGCAGUCUGGAUUGCACUCAUGGAGAUAGAAGGGACCGCAAAGGCCAUCUAGUCCAUCCCUCUUCGGUCGUGCAGGAAUCUACAACUAAAGCACUCCCAGCAGAUAGCCAUCCAAAAGGUGGAAUCUCAAUGCCAUUUUGUGAUGAGGAACUGGAGCUUUAAUUUAGUGGUAAUAAAUUGCAAGCAGGGAAUAAAAAAAAUUAAAAUUA